AUGGCUCAGGUGCCCACCUUCAAGCUUGUCCUGGUCGGUGACGGUGGUACUGGAAAGACCACCUUCGUCAAGCGUCACUUGACUGGCGAGUUUGAGAAGAAGUAUAUCGCAACUCUCGGUGUCGAAGUGCACCCUCUCAAGUUCAGCACCAACUUCGGUGAGAUCCAGUUCGACGUAUGGGAUACUGCCGGCCAGGAGAAGUUCGGUGGUCUCAGAGAUGGAUACUACAUCAACGGCCAGUGCGGUAUCAUCAUGUUCGAUGUCACCUCCCGCAUCACCUACAAGAACGUCCCCAACUGGCACCGUGAUCUUGUCCGUGUCUGCGAGAACAUCCCGAUCGUCCUUUGCGGUAACAAGGUCGAUGUCAAGGAGCGCAAGGUGAAGGCCAAGACCAUCACCUUCCACCGCAAGAAGAACCUCCAGUACUACGACAUCUCCGCCAAGUCCAACUACAACUUCGAAAAGCCCUUCCUCUGGCUUGCCCGGAAACUCGUUGGCAACCCCCAACUGGAAUUCGUCGCCGCUCCCGCCCUUGCUCCUCCCGAGGUUCAGGUCAGCGCCGAGCUCAUGAAGCAGUACGAGGACGAGAUGGCGGCUGCCACCCAGCAAGCUCUGCCUGACGAGGAUGACGCCGACUUGUAA